AUGGCCGGUUACCACGACAUACAAAGCAGAUUAGCAAAGUUUAAUGGGACGCAAUGUGGCUACUGCACUCCUGGAUGGGUCAUGAAUAUGUUCAGCAUUUACGAAAACAAAAAGAACAACUUAACAAUGGAAGAAGUAGAAAAUUCGUUUGCAAGUAAUAUAUGCAGAUGUACUGGAUACAGACCAAUCGCAGAUGCAUUCAAAACAUUCGCAAACAAUGCUAGCGAAGAUCUAAUUAACAAAUUAGUUGAUUUAGAAGAUUUAUCUACAGUUAAAUGUCAUGGACAGAAAUGCUUAAAAAAAUGUCCUAAGAGAGAUAAGAUUAAGACGGAUGAUGCAAAGCAAGAUGAAGACUGGUGUGUGAUUGAGAAAGGUAGUAACAAAAUGAUCGUUGUAGACUGUGGUAUAACUAAGUGGUACAAGACUUAUGUAUUGGACGAUGUCUUCAAAGUAAUCAGUAAGAGUAACAAUUAUAAACUGAUUGCAGGAAAUACAGGACAAGGAGUUUACCACGUUACGGAUUAUCCACCAGUCAUAAUAGAUAUUUUCAAUGUUGUCGAGCUCAAGGGAUAUACGUUAGAUGUGAACCUAAUUAUUGGAGCAGGGAUGCCACUUACGGAGACGAUGGAGCUAUUCCUUCAGAUAUCACAAACGAAUGAAGAUUUCAGUUAUUUGAAAGUUUUGUACGAUCAUAUGGAUCUUGUUGCUCAUAUACCGGUUAGAAAUAUUGGCACAAUCGGUGGUAAUUUAUACCUGAAAUACCUAAACCACGAGUUUCAAUCUGAUUUAUUUUUACUUUUUGAAACUGUCGGGGCCAUGAUCACUAUCGCCGAAAGCGUAAGCGCUACGAAAGUUAUGACUUUCAAGAAUUUUUUGAAAGCAGAUAUGAAGCGGAAAUUAAUUGUGAACGUAAUGUUGCCACCUCUUUCUACGACUAAUAAAUUAAAAACGUACAAGAUAAUGCCACGGUCUCAGAACGCUCAUGCAGUAGUAAACGCUGGAUUUUUAUUUAAAUUCAGAAAUAAUUCGAAAUUGUUGGAGAGUGCUACUAUAGUAUACGGCAGCAUAUCUCCAAGAUUCAUUCACGCUACAAAAACUGAAGCAUUAUUAGUUGGAAAAAAUCCGUUUAAAAAUGAGAUGUUGCAAUUAGCUCUGAAAACUUUGAGCAUGGAGAUAUUCCCUGAGGAGGCACCACCUGAACCUUCAGCUGCUUAUAGAAAGAUGCUAGCUUUAGCUUUAUAUUAUAAGGCCAUUUUAUAUCUAUGUCCAGACGACAAAAUCGAUCCCAGACUAAAAUCAGGUGGCGAAGCACUAAAAAGACACAAAUCUCAUGGGACGCAAAUAUUUGACACAGACAAAAGUGUUUGGCCUCUAAAUCAACCAAUAUCAAAAUUAGAAGGAUUGGUACAAUGUAGUGGCGAGGCCACAUUUGCUAAUGACCUGCCAAAACAACCUAACGAGGUGUUUGCAGCGUUCGUUACUGCUGAUGCCAAACCAGGAAGUGUUAUUAGUGAUUUUGAUACAGCUGAGGCGUUUAAAGUUCCUGGUGUUAUAGCUUUCUACACUGCUAAAGAUAUACCUGGAAAAAAUACUUUCACACCAAUCAACUGUCUAAUACUGACUGAAGAUGAAGAAGUCCUUUGCUCAAGUCAAAUAAAAUUCUAUGGAGAUCCUGUAGGCAUCAUUGUUGCCGACAGAGAAAAAACAGCAACCAUGGCUGCAAAACUUGUUAAAAUUAAAUACAAAUCUAUAAGCAAAAACAAACCUUUAAUAAAAAUUGAUGAUGUCUUAAAAUCUCCCGAAAAAGAUAAAAGGAUAACUAACAAUAAGACUGUUGAACCAGAAGAAAUUGGUAAAGACGUGAAAUAUGUGAUCAAGGGUGAAUAUAAGGUGGAGUCUCAAUACCAUUAUUACAUGGAACCACAAACAUGUGUAGUUCGUCAUACAGAAGAUGGACUAGAAGUAAUAUCUUCUACUCAAUGGCUUGACUUGACCAAUGUCGCUGUUUCUCAAUGUUUAAAUAUACCGGCAAACAGCAUACAAGUAGUGGUAAGACGAGUGGGGGGAGGUUAUGGUGGUAAAAUAACACGUUCAUGUCAAAUAGCCUGUGCAGCUGCCUUAGUAGCUCAUUUACAAGGAAAAACUUGCAGAUUUAUACUACCUUUAGAAACUUCAAUGAGUGUUAUCGGGAAACGGCUGCCCACUAACUCAAACUUUGAGGUUGGUGUGGACCAAAAUGGCGUUAUUCAAUAUCUUAAAAACGUCUUCUACCAAGACAAUGGGUGCUCUGCGAAUGAGACGAUCAGCCCCAUAACAUUGAACCAUUUCUUCAACUGCUAUGACCGGCGAAGGUGGUACGUUGAAAGUAAUAGUGUGGCGACUGACACCCCAUCUAAUACUUGGUGCAGAGCUCCAUCUUCGACUGAAGGUAUAGCAAUGAUUGAAUACAUAAUGGAAUACAUUGCUCACAAGACAGGCAAAGACUCAUUAGAAGUUAAAUUAGCCAACAUGGUAAAGGAAGACAGUCCAAUACCAGAUCUUCUGGAUCAUCUAAAAAAAGAUUCAAAUUACAAUGAAAGGUUGGAAGAAGUAAAGCAAUUCAAUAUGAAUAAUAGAUGGAGGAAACGGGCAUUGAAGAUAAUCCCUAUGACUUACGACCUGUUUUAUAUAGGACCUUACAACUCUCUUGUGUCAGUCUACCAUGCUGAUGGAUCUGUUGUGAUAACUCAUGGUGGUGUUGAAAUGGGUCAGGGAAUGAACACUAAAGUUGUACAAGUCUGUGCCUACACACUUGGUAUACCUAUAGAGAAGAUCAGCAUUAAACCAACUUCUAGUUUCACAUCACCUAAUGCUAUGGCAACCGGAGCGAGCGUUGGUAGUGAAUGCGUCUCGUUUGCCACGAUGAAGGCUUGUGAAAAACUUUUAGAAAGACUUGCUCCUAUCAAAGAAAAAAUGGAUAAACCAUCCUGGGAAGAACUUAUACAAGAAGCUUACGCAAAGGGAAUUGACUUACAAGCCUCGUAUAUGUAUUCGAGUAAUGAUAAUUUAAAGCCUUACGAUAUUUACGGAGUUUGUGCUCUUGAGGUUGAAGUAGAUAUUUUGACUGGUAACCAUGAUGUUAGGAGAGUUGAUCUUCUAGAAGAUACUGGGAGGAGUUUAAAUCCAACGAUAGACGUUGCUCAGAUCGAAGGAGCUUUUGUGAUGGGUCUUGGUUACUGGACUUCGGAAAAACUCGUUUACGAUCCUGAUACUGGAAAAUUACUCACAGAUCGUACGUGGACGUACAAACCACCAGGAAUUAAGGACAUACCAGCAGAUUUCAGAGUUUAUUUUAGAAGGAAUUCUAGAAAUCCUUAUGGUGUGCUACAGUCCAAAGCUACUGGAGAACCAGCAUUUUGUCUGGCGUCAGUUUUGACUCACGCUUUGAGAGAAGCAGUAAGAGCUGCUCGAUUGGAAGCUGGGCAUGAUGACGCAUGGUUUGAUUUACCAAAUCCCUGCACAGUGGAAAAUAUCUUCAUGGCUGUUGGGCACAAAAUAGAUCAUUUCAUCCUUAAGUGA